AUUGAGCAUUCACCGAUGGCAACCGCGGCCGUGGUGCAGGCAUCGUCGGUGUUCGCCGCCUUUGACAAGGACGGCGACGGCAAGGUAUCAGCCGAUGAGCUUCGCGGCAGCAUGACGGCGGCGCUGGGCGAGGAAGUCUCCGAGGAGGAGGCCGCGGCGAUCCUAGCUACGGUGGACGCCGACGGCGACGGGCUGCUGGACCAGGAGGAGUUCUCUAGGCUAGCGGAGGGCGUCGCCGGGGACGAGGCCGACGACGACGAGGUGAGGCGCCGGUGCCUGAAGGAGGCGUUCGCGAUGUAUGCGACGGAGGGCGGUGAUGAGGGCGCGAGGAUCACACCAGCGAGCCUGAUGCGGAUGUUGGACAAGCUGUUGGAGUCGUCGACAGAGAAAAUGGAGUUGGAGGAGUGCCGGGCCAUGAUCUGCAGGUUCGACCUCAAUGGCGAUGGCGUCCUCUCCUUCGAUGAGUUCAUGGUCAUGAUGAUGGGCAAUGUGUAAAGGACGUAUUUUCAUCGGUUUCAGAUUCUUUUAGAAAAAAUCUUCUUUCGGUUUCAAGUUGUUCAUAUAGACAUUUCAUUUGU